AUGGAGAUUGAAAGGGACGUGAAACGUUAUUGGGAACUGGAAUGGUCAAAAAGCAAAUAUCUAAGAGAAUGCGCGGAUCACAUAGUACCAGUUUAUUUCUGGCCUGGAGAACGGGUCGACCUACCCUGCUACAUGUGCGAGUUGGCCAUGGCUUACGAUGGGAAGGUAAAGUACUGGGCUAUGGCAGAAGAUAUGAUAGAAUUUCUCGCAGCUCCGCAGCUGAACAUUGUAACGAAAAAAACUCUUUAUGACAUAGUGGAAAAUGAUGUCAAGAAAUAUCACAGUAAAAGCAACGAUGUUCCUACAUAUAAAAUGGUCAACCUUGCGAUAAAGAAUAGAAAUGAAAGAAUUGAAAUGGUUGCGCCGAUGUUUCUGCAAAGAAAUGGCAAGCUUUCGAUACUCAAUGCUGGUAUCACUUCACAAGGAGUAUACUUUUGUUAUGAUGAGCAAUCGCUAGGAAUUACAAAUGUUUUCUAUGUUUUGCUCGCAAUGGUACCACCAGUUUCAAUCGUAGACAGCAAAAUACCAGAAGAAAUAGGUGUUACAUAUGGGGAAGGAUGUGGUGAAGCUGCUACGCACAUCAUGCCCUCAUUCAACUGGCGAUUU